AUGACCCGAUGGUCCACGUGCCUGCUGGGCUGGAUGACCUGCCUCCUCUACUCCUGCCAGACAAGUGGAGUUGGCAAGGCGGCCUGUGUCUUCCCCUUCAUCUACAAAGGGUCUCUCCACUUCUCUUGCACCAGGAAAGACAGCAUCUUCCCCUGGUGUGCCACCAGAGCCGUGUACGACAGGCACUGGAAGCUGUGCUUGUUGGAAGAUUACCCACGAUGCAUCUUCCCCUUCAUCUAUCGGAGAAAGUCCUACAACAGCUGCACCACGGACGGCAGCAUCUUUGGGAAGCUGUGGUGCUCGGUCACCUCCAGCUUCGAUGAGAUGAAGCAGUGGAAAUAUUGCCAGAUGAACGAGUUCGGGGGAAACGGCCUCAGCAAGUCCUGCAUCUUCCCCUCCGUCUACAGAAAUAACGUGAUCUCCGAGUGCGUCGAGAACGACGACAACAAGCUCUGGUGUCCAACCACAGAGAACAUGGACAAGGACGGGAUGUGGAGCUUCUGUGCCGACACCAGGGUCACCUCCCUGGUGCCCGGCUCCCCCUGCCACUUCCCCUUCAAAUACAAGAACAAGAAUUACUUCAACUGCACCCGCAAAGGCUCCAAGGAGAACCUCCUGUGGUGUGCAGCCUCCUACAACUACGACCAGGAUCGCACCUGGGUGUACUGCUGA